GACAGGUGUCAUCGAACGAGAAAGUUAUCGAGAAUGCAUUUCGCUAAAAAGGUGAUCGCGUUCGUGAUCGUAGUGUGUUUCAUCAUCAACGUAUCUGCUCUGACGUGUAUGGAAUGUGUUAACAUGGGCGACGAGAAGGGGUGUGAUGAUGCCGGUGAACUCAACGAGUGUAACGCAGAAAUCGCUGAUCGGUACACUGCUAUAUUCUCGCGCAUGAACACCGAUAUUCCUCAUUUGCAACCGAACAAAUCCAAGUUCAAGUGCUUCAAGCUGAUCGUUGUUGGUGAAGAGCCGUACUUUCUCAAGGGAUGCACCUUCCGGGAUCUGCCGAUAUGCGAGAAAACCAACUCCAAUGUAGAUUGUGGCACGUGCGAGAAGGAUGAGUGCAAUGGGCUGUACUACCGGGCCGAGGACGAAGAUGAUGACAGUGGUGCCAUGACGACCAUCGGAUCGACCACCCCGCCACUCGUACUGUAUUUGCUGGCGGUCCUUGCACGCAUAGAACCAAGGUUUUAAGAAGUUUAGGCACUUUAUUAGCUAACGAAAAGCAAAGCAAACACAAUGAUAGCUGUAUUCAACAGCAGCACCAUGCUAAACUGAUGUCGAUCAGCUCCACUGUACGAUCUGCACGAUAGGAUUCCGUUGUAGUCGUACGUCGGUUCACCGCAGAUGCUCUUCCGCCCGGCAGUGCAUCCUUUUAUGGCAAGUAUGUCACUAGAGUUUU